AUGGCUGCCGCUACCCGUGCGACGGCGGUUCGCGCAGGUCGCAAGAGAAGCCGCAUUUCCUACCGCGAACCCAGCACCUCGGACGACGAGGAUACCGUUACAAGCGACGACGAAGGAGAAGUAACUGGCAGUGCGCGCAAGCGCAUGCGACGAGCCCCAGCCGCUCCCCAAUCGCUGCCGCAGGAGACAAAUCGCCGCAGCGGCAGGCGCGCCAUCCGGGAAGACCAUCCUCCUGCACGCAACGCUUCUACCCCGCCUCCAGUGCGCAGUCGUAGCCAUGGCUUGCUCUCAGCAAGCCCUGAAGUCCCAACAAAACUGCGCCGUCUGCCGGAGAAGUCAUACCACCUGCCCAGCGCUGGGGAGUCGGACGGCGAUACAAAUGAGAAUGAGGACUCGAGAGAGGAGGGCGCUGAGCCGUCAAGACCGAGGCGUACAGGACGGCGCCGCAUUCAGAGGUCACUGAGCGGCGCUCACCUGCGUCGUGAGCUUGCGCCUUUGUACACUGAGACCAACAGUGAGGACACGGGUGAUAUCUCAGAGCGCAGGGGUGGACGAGUUCGCAACCCUAGACGCCUUGGGCCCAAGCGAGUGACGAGGUCAUCCGCGGCGAAACAACCACGGAGGAAUACCCAGUCUAAGAAGCUUCCCGACCCCCGGCCGACUUUGACCACGGAGACAGCCGUUCUAGAGAGCGAUGGGGUCAUACCAGACUGGGCAAAUCUACCGUAUGAGGUUUUGUUAGAGGUCUUCAUGUUCGCAAGUGACCCUCUGCAUGACGACGAUUUCAUCCCAACGCCCAACAUCGCCUGGCUGGCGAGUACUGCACGAGUCUGCAAAACAUUUCUGGAGCCGGCACUGACGGCACUCUACCGAUCCCCCCCUCUGCUUACCAUCGACAAGCCUCAUAGGCUCCUUGAUCUGCUCUCGGACACGACUGCGACUCACUGUAUCAACUAUAAUGUCAAGAUCCGCCGCCUGGAGUUUGAUGCACCCAGCACUCUUGCAUACACCUGGGCCGGAAGGCAGUUCGAGAUUGGUGACCUAGUACCAUUCGUCCCCCAACUGACUGAGCUAUCGAUUGUCCACCCGCAGGACCGCCCACCAUUCCGAACUCUGAAUAGGCCUGGACGCUGGCAUUAUAGCCAAGCCCUCUUCACAUCCCUUGCAGCCAGCAAGAUCCGAUUGAAAUCUUGGAACUGGAACUCGAACUUUCGCUCCAGAGAUCAUGAUCUCUUCUGGAUGGGCGGAGUCCACCAGCUAGAAGCUUUUCAGCGGCUGGAGCACCUUUCCCUGUUCAAUUUCGGGCCAGAAUCCUUUGCUGUGGUGACAAACGACGGCACUGACAAUCGGGGACGCUCCAGUAAACAAGUUCUCGCGGAUAAUUUGGCGCUCUUACCGGAACUCAAAAGUCUGAGUUUCGAGUCCUGCCAGGUGCUUGACGGGGAUUUCCUUCCUCUUCUAAAAGAGAAUUUGCAGCAUCUCGCCGUCAUCAACUGCCACCAUGUGACGUCUGAAGUUCUUCGCAACUUUCUGGUUUCUCACGGAACUCAGUUGGAGAGCUUGAUUCUCAACCACAACCAGGCUCUCGACAUCUCCUUUCUCCCGGAUCUGAAGCGAACAUGCCCAAGACUUGAGGUUCUGAAAAUGGACUUGAACUACUUUGACUCUCACGACACCUUCAGAGACUCUGAACCAAAGUAUAUCGACCUUCUGAAAGACGAUGAGAUACCAAGCUGGCCUGCGACACUCCAGAUCAUCGAAUUAAACCAGCUUAGACAAUGGACCUCUGAAGCUGCAGAAAAUUUCUUCUCUUCGCUCUUAGACUCUGCAGAAGAGCUCCCUGAUCUCCGCAGACUUGUACUGAAGGCAAUCCUCAACAUUGGCUGGCGCGACCGCGCUACCUUCCGUGACAAGUGGAUCGGCCGGCUCCAACGCGUCUUCCUCCGAAAGUCGUCCCCACCUAACCCACACUUCAUGUCCGGUAAGCGUUGGCGUAUGCUGAAGGAGUCAACGCUGCCAACCCCUGAUAAUUCACCAACGAAAGUCGUCAGACGACUGCGACACGUUGCCGUCACUCCGCGCGCCAGAGACAAGGCGCCGCUCCAGCCUACCGGAGAGGACGCCCAUAGCGGGGACGAGAAUCCUGACGACUCGUCCGCGCCCGCUGCCCGUCGCCUUCGCCCACGCAGAGCGGUCGCCACCAAUUCCGGUGCCGACGGCACGUCGACAAGCCCCUCCUUGUCUCCUUCCGAAGCGGAACAUUCAUCUCUGGAAGAAGAAGGGGACCAGCACCCAACGUCGGACGACGGCGGCGGCACCGCCGCCGCUAGCUCCAAAGACUGGAAGCGCAGCCCAGAGAAAUUCAUCCAGGGCAUGUGUGAAGUGGUCGAUAUCCGCAUCGACAACCUCCGCCCCCGUGAAGAGCAGUUCAACGAGAACGACUUCCUCGACUCGGAAGUCAGCGGCGACGAGGACUGGAAUGGCGAGGACAACUUCGUCGCUAACGAUGGGUAUGCGUGGUAA